AUGCUGUCUUUAAUCACCCUGAAGUUGGGAGUUCUCCUUGGUCUUGCUGCCAUUGUCCCUUCAAUCGAGGCGUCCAGAAAUUCAUCUUGCCGAUGUUUCCCUGGGGAUGACUGCUGGCCCUCGCUUUCGACUUGGAAUGCUUUCAACCAGUCUGUUGAUGGACGUCUUGUGGCCACGGUGCCUCUCGCAACUCCCUGCCACACUCCCGAAUACAAUGAAAAGAAAUGUGAGGUUUUGAAGGAUGGCUGGCUAUUGCCAGAGGAGCAUUACCAAUCCUCCUCUUCUUUCAUGGCUCCAUUCUUCACAAAUGGAACAUGCGAUCCAUACCAUCCCGUUUCCAAGCCAUGCACCCUUGGCAACUUCGUCCGAUAUGCAGUCAAUGUCUCUACGCCCGCUCACGUGGCCAAGACAUUGAGGUUUGCGACUACCCACAAUAUCCGUUUCAUUAUCCGUAACACCGGCCAUGACUAUAACGGUAAAUCAACGGGUGCAGGUGCUCUUUCAGUCUGGACACACCAUCUCAAGGAUAUCGAGAUUAAGGACUGGAACGACGAAUUCUAUACCGGAAAAGCCGCAAAGCUCGGCUCUGGUGUCCAGGGAAUGGAAGCCUAUAAUGCAGCACACACGCAGGGGCUUCGAAUGGUGGGGGGAGAGUGCCCUACUGUCGGUCUUGCAGGGGGAUAUAGUCAAGGAGGUGGUCAUUCUUCCCUAUCUUCGAAGUAUGGCUUGGGUGCGGAUCAGGUCCUCGAGUGGGAGGUUAUUGAUGGUACCGGCAGAUUUCUCGUCGCGAACCGUAAGCAGAAUACUGAUCUAUACUGGGCACUGACUGGUGGUGGUGGUGGUACCUACGGUGUGGUUUGGUCUAUGACCUCCAAGGCUCACCCCGAUAGCCAGGUAUCUGGUUUGAACCUUACCUUCACAACCACAGGUGUUUCUGAUGAUGACUUUUUCAAAGCCGUGGAGCUCUACAACGCUCAGUUGCCUUAUAUCGUGGACGAGGGUGUUAUGAGUCUGAACUUCAUUACUAACAGCUCCUUCUCUAUUUCCCCUAUGACUGGACCCGGUGUCCCUCUGAAGAAGCUUAAGAGCCUUAUCCAGCCAGUUCUUGAUGGUCUGGACAAGCUGGGCAUCCAGUAUACUUAUCAGGCGGAAGAUUUUGAAUCUUAUAUGGACCAAUACAAUGCUCAGAUGCCACUUGUUGAGGUUGGAGUCUCCCAGUAUGGUAGCUGGCUUCUUCCCCGGUCGACCGUCGAGAAAGCUAGCAUCAACCAUCAACUGACAAAUUCUGUUCGGACUGCUCUUUCCUACGGUGCUACAUUCACCACUGUAGCUGUUAAGGUGUCAAAGGAAGUCACUGGCGAUGUUUAUAACGCUGUGAACCCUGCCUGGCGCAAUGCGAUUGCCCACGCGAUUAUAUCUACCGACUGGGAGUUUGACGAGCCAAAGAAAAUGCGUGCGAAGCGGGAAUUGAUGACCAAUGUGUUGGUUCCUAGCCUGAGAAAAUUAGCCCCUGAAUCUGGCGCUUAUCUCAACGAGGCCGAUUUCCGCCAGCUUGACUUCAAGACUGCUUUCUAUGGCAAGAACUACGAGAUUCUGCGCACAAUCAAGGCCAAGUACGAUCCUUUCGAUCUCUUCUAUGGGUUGACUGCCGUUGGCUCUGAUGAGUGGACCGUCUCGGAAAGUGGACGAAUGUGUCGUUCGGCUACCCUU